AUGCAGGGGUAGGUUCUCUGGUGGUUCUCUGGAGGUUCUGGCGUCUAUUUUAAGGUCCAAAUCUGAACGACUUCACUCUGAAUCGCUGUGUUUACAUCUUGCGCCCUCGCUCCCUCGCGCCCUCGCUCCACCCGGAUGCGCGGCGCCCUGCAGCUCCAACUACCGGCGGGCGGCUGAAGUGCAGCGCAGCUCCGCGUCACGGCCGCACAAACUUAACUAAACUAAACAAAACAGACCAGCCGAGCCGAACCGACCCGACCGACGCAGCCAUGUUCGGCUCGUCCAGAUCCGGAGGCGUGAGAGGAGGACAGGACCAGUUCAACUGGGCCGACGUUAAAGCGGACAAACACAGGGAGAACUACCUGGGGAACUCCCUCAUGGCCCCCGUGGGGCGCUGGCAGAAGGGCCGGGACCUGACGUGGUACGCUAAAGAUAAGAAGGCCGCGGCCGCGUCCAGAGAGCAGGAGCUGGCAGCCGUGAGGGAGGCUGAGCAGGAGGCCAUGAUGGCUGCGCUGGGUCAUAAGACUGUCCAGAGGCGGCCGGCCGGGCUCACGAAGGAGGAUCUAGUGGACGUGUGCAGGAGAGACGGAGACGCGGAGGAGCGAAGCGUCGACAGAAUCUCUGGCCUGGGAAGCUCCAGCGCCGGGUCCAGAGGGAUGGUCCUGUCCAAGCAGGAGAAGGAGGCAGUGAAAAUGGGCCUGCCUGUGUUUACACACCACAGGCAGGCGGGAGGGGAGGAGGCAGCGGUGAGGAGGCCCGCGGACCCCCAGAGAGAGGAGCAGGAGAAAAGUUGGAGCAGUGAUCCGCUGCAGGACGUAUAUAAGGGGCUUAUGUGUGUCUCGUUUCACCCGUUCAGAAGCGACAGCCACAAGAAGAGCAAAAAGGAGAAGAAGAGCAAAAAGGAGAAGAAGAGGAAAAAGGAGAAGAAGCAGCGGCGCAGGAGAGGCGCGUCCUCCGACCGUGACUCUGAGUCCGACACCGACAGUAAGAGACUCAGACUGGACCGUAGUGACCGCCGCGGUGUUCAUCCAUCACGCUGCAGUCAGAGUGGAGCCGCCACUCCUGACAGCCAUUCAGCUUGGGGUUCAAAGGUCAACCGCAGGAGCCCCUCCCCUCCCUCUCAGGACCGCCCCCGCCGAUGCAGCCCCGCCCCCUCGCCCAGACCCCGCCGACGCCACGACUCCGAUUCAUCCUCGGAUGGGGUUCGCCAUGGCAACCGACAGUCUCCACUGCGGAGACGGCGUCACGACACGGACUCGGACGACUGACGGCCAAUCGGCCGCCGGUUCACCGUCUCAGCCAAUCAGAGAGCAGCGACAUGUUUACUGACCAUCUGUCCAUUCAGCCGACAGCGGUUUAGCCCCGCCCACUCACACUGACCUUUAUAAGGAGUAUUUCAGACCAGACUGCUUUUUUAAAUAAGGCACAGCCAAUCAGAGCAGAGCUCGUUUGCAUACGUCUUAAAGGCACAGUAACAGCCUGUUUAACUGUAAGGGAUAAAGAGAUGCUGGGAAUCUUCAUCUCUCUACGUCAUUUCAUCCACGUUAUUCAUUCCAUACAUCCAUCGACCAGAGAGAACGAGGCGGUCUGCGUCUCUGCUGAAGAGCGUUUUACUCGUUUUAACCCAGUUUGUGUUACUUUAAUAUGAUCAUGUUACAGAAGUCGGUCAGAAAGUUUCAGAACACAAGUGUCCACUCAGUUUACAGAUCAUCUGCAGAAUUAUCGGGUUCAGACGUAAUCAGAGCGGUUCCGAGCUGUUCGGUGUGAAACGCCCUGUUCUAGAUAAACUGACCGAGUCACAGCCGUUCACAGUGGUGGUGAUGGGAACCAGACGUCCCUCUAAAAGCUCCUCACAGUGGUGGUGAUGGGAACCAGACGUCCCUC